CCUCAUCAUCCUUCUUCUUUUUUCAUAGCGUAAAUCAUUUUAUCUUGUGGUUGACGCACACAUAUAUAUAGGGUUUCACUCACUAUUUAUGUAGCUUAUUAUUAGGCUCAGAUUUUGGUGAAGAUAUCUUGAGAAUAUUGUCUUCUUAUAAAUCUGAGAUUUGGGAUAAUGAGAGGUGGCCGUCUCGAAAGAUUUGUGCUCAUUCCCUUCUCUAUUCGAUGUGAUUCUGAGUCAAGCGUUGCUCUCGCCGUCGCCACAACCGCCUCUCCUAAACAACCCAAAACUAGAGGAGUUAAGACCGGUGAGGAGAGCUUGAAAAUGAAUAGUACUAUUAAAAAUCAGAUUAUUUCAAAAGCGGCAUUGUCUGAAGGGUUACAAAGAUUAAUCAGACGCGUCUCUCAAUUCUUUGUUUACAAGGAAGAAAUGGAGCAGAUGGAGAUGGAAAUAGGGUUUCCAACAGACGUGAAGCACGUAGCGCACAUAGGAUUAGAUGGAUCAACAAGCAGCCUUAAUAAUUGGGAAAAUCUCAAAGCUUCCGAAAUUCUUUCAUUUCCUUCCAUCUCUUUGCAGCAAUUUGAGCUUGCCAUGGCUUCCCAAUCCCGUUAAUUCUUUCUGUGUACCAUCACUUAAUUUCUUUUUUAUUAUCUCUAAUCACAAUCAUCUCUUUUUUAACUCUUCAUCUUUAUGCAUAUUUAUGACAUUGAAACCGUCACAAUAAAAUCUAUUUGAAGCA